AUGGUAACCUUUGAAACAUGGUUUAUUUGUUUCGAUAUAUUCAUGAUAAUUGGUCUUAUUUUAACUAUUAUUCUUAGUAGUAUUUUUCUAUUAGUUAUCAUUUCGGAUAAAACAUGUCAUACAUUACCAAUGAUGUUAAUUGCUAAUACAUGUUUUUCUCAAUUUAUAUUUACUAGCGAUAUACUUUUUAUGAUUAUAGUUACAUUAAAAAAUGAUCUCAAACAAAUUGAUUAUCAAGAUUCACUUUGUAUAGUUCGAGGUUAUUUAUCAUAUGCUUUAUGUAUUAUAAUGAACUGUUCUUUUUUAUUACAAGCUCUUCAUAGAUAUAUUCUUGUUGUUUACCCGACUCGUUUAUUUUGGCAAACAAAAAAAAUUUAUAUAUUAUUUAUUUGCAUAACAUGGAUAUAUGGUUUUUUAUCUCCAUUAGCAUUUAUAUUUACUGGUGAUAUAACCUAUGAUGUUGAUAAUCAAAUAUGUCAAAUUCCUUUAAAACUAUCUUUCUCUCUAAUUUUUGCGAUUAGUAAUGUUUAUAUUAUACCUACGUUUUUGAUACAGUUAAUUUAUAUGAAAUUAGUUCGAUAUGUAAAAGAAAUAAGAAAACGUGUAACAACUGGAAAUAGUUUAUUUCGUGCACAAAGAGAAUUAAGAAUGGUACGACGAAUACUUAUAGUUUUGACUAUAUUAAUUAUAUUUGGUUUACCAUAUACAAUAUUUAUAUUGAUAUCAUUUUUUACUGAACCACCAAAAUAUCAUUUUCGAAUAGCCGGUAUAUUUAUAAAUUCAUCGUCAGUAUUUGUUAUGAUUGCUUUGUUUCAAUUUACAGAACCACUCAAAGUAUCUAUGUUGAAAAGAAUAAAUUUACGACCAACAGUUAUACGAACAAUAACAUAA